GCCAUUUUGUCUUCUACAUUUGCUAUUAGCUGCUGUUAGUUUUGGUCUUCAGAAACAUAUUCGCCGCACCAUAUGUCCCCAUACAGUUCAUUGUGCAGUCACUUCUCGUCUACCAGGCACCGGCAGUGGUAGAGUCUAGUUUCUCUUCGUGUAGUGGACCUUUCCGACCGGCAGUAGGCGCAUCACGUGACUACAUUCUAACAACUGGGCAUUGUAGUUCUAACACCUUAUGCCGCCGCAGUGUGUGCCGGGAAGGACUAGAGCUUCCAUCAGCCCUUGCGGCGCAUUGGUGUACAGAGGCUUGCUCAGUGUUUGUCCAUUAGCCAGUGACACAUCCUGCUGCAGGGAGACGUCACCUGAAGACCAGCCAUGGAGGUCCAGGUCCUGGAACAUAUCCGGCACUCGCUACUGAGUGACAGAAACAAAGACCUGAUCAUAGACAAGCUGCUGAGUCUCACCAUGGAGAUUAUCUGUCUGCUGACUAGAGAGGAUUUCAUUGUUGUGAGAAAGUCGGGUGACCAGGUGACAGACAUCAGCGGCCCCCCUGUGUCAGACAGAAGCAGCGGCACCCAGAGCCCAAACACGGAGGCUCCGUCUCAUGCGCCAACAGAGGAGAGGAGCCGUGACCGGAAUAUCCAGCCACCUACUGAGGUAUAUCACAGAGAGACAGGAAAGGUGCCUGGGAAGUGUAAGGAUGUGGAGGUCUCGUUCUCUGUGACAGAGUGGGACUAUUCAGGCGGACACAAUGACGUUGUAAUGGACCCUCCGCAGCUGCGUGACUCAGUGGGUGAGUGUAGCUCUAGAAGCCCCCCAGGACGAUGUGAGACCCCUCUGUACUCUGGGGAUUAUAUAAAGGAAGAGAACCGGAUUCUCAUAGAGGAUUAUCAGGCUGAGCCGGGACACGGGGUGUAUCACCCGCAGUGUAAGGAAGAGGAGCCCGUCCCUGAUCCCACCAGCUCAGGUGUGUGCAGCUCUAGAACUCCGGCAGACCCCUGUGAGACCCCUCUGUACUCUCCGGGCUGUAUAGAGGAAGAGAACAGGACUGUGACACAGGAAUAUCAGGAUGAGACGGAACACGUGAUUUAUCACCGGCAGUGUAAGGAAGAGGCCGUUCCUGCUGAGAUCAGCCCAGGUGGGUGUAACCCUACACACCCCGCAGACCCAUGUGACACCCCUCUCUAUACUCCGGGGUGUAUGGGAGAAGAGAACAGGAUGAUCAGCCAGGAUUAUCAGGCUGUGCCAGGAGACGGGAUGUGUUACCAGCAAUGUAAAGAAGAGGACGUUCCUGCUGAGAUCAGAUCAGGAACUGAGGCCGGUGUAGAGCUGGAGGCUGGUGAUCAUCGGGGGCUGCAGGAAUUCCUCCCAGAGUCCAGUGCAGGUCUGCACGCCUCCUCACACUAUCCUGAGAAGAUGCAUCAGUGCUCGGAGUGUCAGCAAUGUUUCCCUAAUCAUUCAGCCCUCGUCACCCAUCAGCAAACGCAUAGCGCCAGUAAUCUUUUUAUAUGCUCAGAUUGCGGACUGCAUUUCAGCUCCAGGUUGGCUCUUACCGCCCAUCAGCAAUGUCACACCGAAAGGAAACGGUUUCACUGCUCUUAUUGUGGGAAAUCCUUUAAUCUGAAAUCACAUUUCUUGUACCAUAAGAGGACUCACACCGGGGAGAGGCCAUUUUCAUGCACGGAGUGCGGGAAAUGCUAUAUCAGCAGAUCUGCUCUCGUCAUGCAUCAGCGGACUCACACCGGGGAGAGACCAUUCCCGUGCCCGGUGUGCGGAAGAAGUUUUGCAGCCAGAUCUACUCUCGUCGUCCAUCAGCGCACUCACACUGGCGAGAAGCCGUUUAAGUGUCUGGAGUGCGGGAAACGUUUUAGUGACUGUUCUGCUCUCAACGUGCAUCUGCGCAUUCACACUGGCGAGAAGCCGUUUCCAUGUCUGGAGUGCGGGAAACGUUUUAGUGACCGUUCUGCUCUCAUCGUGCAUCUGCGCAUUCACACUGGCGAGAAGCCGUUUAAGUGCACGGAGUGCGGAAAAUGUUUUGCCCAGAAAGCCGACCUAGAGAAGCAUCAGCGCACUCACACCGGUGAGAAACCGUUUCCAUGUCUGGAGUGCGGGAAACGUUUUAGUGACGGUUCUGCUCUCAUCGUGCAUCUGCGCAUUCACACUGGCGAGAAGCCGUUUAAGUGCACGGAGUGCGGAAAAUGUUUCGCCCAGAGAGCCGUCCUAGAGAAUCAUAAGCGCACUCACACCGGGGAGAAACCAUUUCCAUGCCUGGAGUGCGGGAAAAGUUUUAAUGUUGGAUCUGCUCUCGUCAGGCAUAAGCGCACUCACACCGGGGAGAGGCCGUUCGUGUGUUCCCAGUGCGGCCGCUGCUUUUCUAGUAGCUCAAGUCAUUGGCGACAUAAGAAGCGUCACACUGAUCUAGGAGGUCCGCACGCCUCCUCACACUAUCCUGAGAAGAUGCAUCAGUGCUCGGAGUGUCAGCAAUGUUUCCCUAAUCAUUCAGCCCUCGUCACCCAUCAGCAAACACAUAGCGCCAGUAAUCUUUAUAGAUGCUCAGAUCGCGGAGUCCGUUUCAGCUCCAGAUUGGCUCUUGCCACCCAUCAGCAAUGUCACACCGAAAGGAAACGCUCUUAUUGUGGGAAAUCCUUUAAUCUGAAAUCACAUUUCUUGUACCAUAAGAGUACUCACACCGGGAAGAGGCCAUUUUCAUGCACGGAGUGCGGGAGAUGCUGUAUCAGCAGAUCUGCUCUCGUCAGGCAUCAGCGGAGUCACACCGGGGAGAGACCAUUCCCGUGCCCGGUGUGCGGCAGAAGUUUUGCAGCCAGAUCUACUCUUGUCGUCCAUCAGCGCAUUCACACUGGCGAAAAGCCGUUUAAUUGCACGGAGUGUGGAAAAUGUUUUGCACAGAAAGCCAUCCUAGAGAGGCAUCGGCGCAUUCACACCGGUGAGAAACCGUUUCCAUGCCUGGAGUGCGGGAAACGUUUUAGUGACGGAUCUGCUCUCGUCGUGCAUCUGCGCAUUCACACUGGCGAGAAGCCGUUUAAGUGCACGGAGUGCGGAAAAUGUUUUGCCCAGAAAGCCGACCUAGAGAAGCAUCAGCGCACUCACACCGGAGAGAAACCGUUUCCAUGCCUGGAGUGCGGGAAAAGUUUUAGUGUCAGAUCUACUCUCGUCAUGCAUAAGCGCACUCACACCGGGGAGAGGCCGAUUUCAUGCCUGGAUUGCGGGAAAAGUUUUAAUGUUGGAUCUGCUCUCGUCAUGCAUAAGUGCACUCACACCAGGGAGAAACCGUUUCCAUGCCUGGAGUGCGGGAAAAGUUUUAAUGUCGGAUCUGCUCUCGUCAGGCAUAAGCGCACUCACACCGGGGAGAGGCCGUUCGUGUGUUCCCAGUGCAGCCGCCGCUUUUCUAGUAGCUCAAGUCUUUGGCGACAUAAGAAGCGUCACACUGAUCCAGGAGAAUAAACUGCCCGUCACACACAUAACAAGACUUUUAUACAAACUGCAGACAAAUGCCGGACUUGGAAUUGCUCAAGGGUCUAUGACCUGUUCCGUUUCCAUCUAAAAAUGCUCAUUGUAGAUGCAAUAAAAACCUCACUCAAAACUG